AUGCCGUACUUUAGCACACUGCUUCUGCUGGCAGUGGCACAUUCCACAUCUCUCCAGACCAGCAGCAGCGUAUGUGAGAAAGAUUGUGACUGUCAGGGCGAGUUCAAAUUCACCAACUGCUCCAGUGUGCUCUUCACCCACAUCCCCAGUGACAUCCCCCCUUCCACCGAGCACUUGGACCUGUCCUGGAACCGGCUGUCCCGCCUCCCUGCGGGGACCUUCCGGGCCCUGCGCAGGCUGAGGGUGCUGCUCCUGAACGACAACAACAUCAGCGAUGUGGCCGGAGGAGUCUUCUCCCCUCUGGAGAGCCUCCAGAGGCUGGACCUGAGCCGGAACCGCGUCUCCUCCCUGAGGGAGGGCUUCUCCCUGGGCCUGGGCUCCCUGAAGGAGCUUCUCCUCGGGGAGAACCAGCUCACCUGCCUGGACGGCUUCCUGCACCUGGACAGCCUGCAGAGGCUCAACCUGAGCGGCAACGCCAUCAGCUCCAUCCGGCCCAGGGCCUUCGGGCACAUGACGUCGCUGCGGCAGCUUUACCUGCAGGACAACCGCCUGGGCUCCCUGACCAACGGGGACUUCUCCAUGCUCCGGUACCUGGAGGUGCUGCACCUGCAGGGGAACCGCAUCAACAGCACCGAGGCCGGGGUCUUCGCCCCGCUCACCAGCCUGGCCCUGCUGGACCUGGCCCGCAACCGGCUGAGCGCCGUGCGCUUCAAGACCUUCCUCAGCAUCCACAGCUACAGCACGCACGUCCUGCUGGCGGACAACCCCUGGUCGUGCGACUGCGACCUGCAGCGGGUGUUCGGGAAGCUGCGCAGCGUGCAGAGGCUCUUCCUGGACGACUACCACAACCUGAGCUGCAGGGAGCCGGACGAGCUGCGGGGCUACCGCCUCAGCGCCGUCGACUCGGAGCUGUGCGUCGCCGAGACCGUCACCGUGCUCAUCAUCACCCUCACCGUGCUCAUCACCGUGGUGGCCGCCGUCGUCAUGGCAGAGAAGACCAGGAAGAAGCAGACGGGCAAGCACUUGUGUGAGGAGAGCAGUGUGGUUUACAAUUAUCAGAGCUAG